GCCCUUACAACUGACCGCAAAUGACUACAUGACGUUAUAACCCGUAUGGUAAUUCCUCAUAACCACUUCAGCGAGAAUCCAAAUGCAACACAGUGUGAUAUUUAGUUUAGUAAUCCGUGGUAUGGAGGUGUAGUAAGUAAUACGUAAGACAAGUUCCGUGAGAUUGGGUUAUUCAGGUUUCAGGUUUGUUGUUGAACGUGGAAGGAUAGGCUUUUGUGGAACCUGUGUAUUAAUUAUGCUUAAAUUAAACGUUUAUGUUUUGUUAUAUCUAACUUCUCAGUUUGUAUUUUGCCAUGGGUAUUUUAUAACCGUUGAUGCUCAUGCUGAAGAAUGUUUCUUUGACAAGGUGGAAUCCGGCACGAAAAUGGGACUAAUGUUUGAGAUUGCCGAGGGUGGAUUCUUAGACAUAGACGUAAAAAUAGUGGGACCCGAUGGUAAGGUAAUAUAUCAAGGUGAACGGGAAACAAGUGGGAAGUAUACAUUUGCUGCACAUAUGGGUGGUGUCUACACUUACUGCUUCAGCAACCAAAUGUCUACUAUGACACCCAAAGUUGUAAUGUUCAACAUGGAUAUUGGGGAGUCACCCAAGGACCAGCCAGGUGAUUCUUCACAAGGACAUGAUGACCACAAUAAACUUCAAGAUAUGAUCAAGGAACUGUCAACAACGCUAACCGGAGUUAAGCAUGAACAAGAAUACAUGCAAGUACGGGAUCGCAUCCAUCGAAGCAUUAAUGAAAGUACCAAUUCCAGAGUGGUUCUUUGGUCCUUUUUUGAGGCCUUGGUACUUGUCGCUAUGACAAUGGGACAAGUUUACUAUCUUAAACGUUUCUUUGAAGUGCGAAGAGUUGUGUAGAAGUAAUAAAUAAAAUAAUUUCAUGUUCAGUGCAAGAAAAUAUCCAGCUCUACAUUACCAUGAUUUAUUAAAAUUAAAUUUUAUCAGUAAAGCCAUCAGCAGAUAAUCUUUUAACAUGUUUGUGCAGCUUCCCUGGUUAAAGACCCAUAUCAUUUGAGAAUUUUUGUACCUUUGUACUGUUGUACAUUAUCUUAGGCCUUUCUCUUUCAUGUCUGUUCUAUGAUCUGUGAUUUAUUUUGCCAGAAUAAGCUUAUUAAAGUUUUUUCUAUAUAA